CAUGUCUCGGCUCGGCACUCUCGGCGGAGUCCGUCUUGCUGAUUUGCAGCGUGCAGUGCAGUGAUUUUGUUUAACAUUAUUUAACUUAUAGCAUUUACUAUGGAGGAAAACGUAGCUUUAGACUCCACAAAGCAGAGGAAAUUCAACAAAUCUAUUAAAGGAAUUAAAAAGCUUUUAAAGAAAAAUGAAGAUAAACCCCAUACGCCCGCGGUACUGGCCCCAAAGGAUGAUGAAAAUAAGAUACAAAAAGCGAAGAAAAAGCGCCCAGAAAGAGGAUUGGUGUAUUUAUCUCAUAUCCCGCACGGAUUUUAUGAGCAUGAAAUGACACAGUAUUUCAAGCAGUUUGGCAUGGUGACCAAGGUGCGUGUGAUUAGAUCCCCGCGAACCGGCCGCUCCAAAGGCUAUGCGUUUGUGGAAUUCCGAGAGCCCGCUGUCGCUGAGAUUGUGGCUGAGACUAUGAACAACUAUCUCAUGGGGAAGAGACUGAUCAAAGGUAUAUUUAUAACCCUCUGCCCGCAUUCAGAGACCUUCACUACGGGUCACCUGUCAUGUCAUUGCCGGGCUCACAAUGCUGAUAAGACUGAUGCAGAGCAUAUAAAGAAGGCUAAAAAAAUGCUUUUAAAUCUUCAGAAAACUAAGAAGAAGCUCAUUGAUCUAGGCAUAAACUAUGAUUUCUUCAAACCCGUUGAUGUUCCCGCAGCACUCUUAGAAAAUGUUAAAUCCGAGUCAGGAGAUAAAGCAGUUAAAGUAAAGAAAGAGAAAGUGGAAAAGCAGAACAAAAAGAAGCAAACCAAUGCUACAGAAAAGCAGACAAAAGAAAAGAAACCAGAAAUCAAACAACAAAAGUUACUUGAAGGAAAAAACAAGAAAGAGGUCAAGAAACCUCAAGAAAGUGAUAAGGCAAAACAGAACGAGAAACAAAAGAAGAUGCAAGCAGCUGGUGUGAAUCUUCCAGAAAACUUCAUCAAAGUCGCGGAGGAGGAAGAAGACAGUGACAGUUCUUUAGACUUUGACUCUGAUGAGUAUGAGAAAAUGCUGGAGAAUGAUUCUGAUGCGUCUUCCGGUGAUGAAAGUGACGAGGAAGAAGAUGAGGAUGGGGAAAGUGAUGAUGAAGAGGGAGAAAGCGAUGAUGAAGAAAGUGAGGAAGAAGUACCACAAUUGGUACCAAUCAAGCAGAAAAAGGGCAAAAAGCCUCUUGUAGCUUUGCCUCCCCCUAAGCAAAGUAAAGUACCUCAGCCACCUCAGCCCAUGAAAGCUCAGAAACCUCAACCCAAAAAAGCGCAGAAGCCUCAACCGCCUCAGCAUAAAGGGCCAAAAUCGGCUAAUAUUGCAGAAGCCAAGAAAGCAUCUCCAUCCCAGCAGGGCGUGAAAAGGAAAAACCUCCAACCCGACGUGUCACCCAAAAAGCCCAAGUUUGAAAAGAAACCCAGAAAUAAACAAUUUAAAAAGAAAAAUAAAGUAUAAGUGAUUGUUAAUAUAUAGCGGUAUUUUAUUUUUCUAUUAAAAACGAAAGACAUUUGA